AUGGGGACAAAAUCAGCAACAAUAAAUGGAGUCAGGCCAAGAACAAUCUCAAACGAUGACAUUCAGAAACGAACUCCUGAAAUUCUAGUCGAUCGCAGUUCAGCAAAGAUCAACAAUGACCUUUCGUCCUUGACGGAUAGUGAAAAUGUUGUUUCAAAACAGAACAAUGCUCGAACGAGUUUGGAUCAACAGGUGGAUCAGUCGGAGAUAAUGUUGAUCAGAGAUCUGGAGAAUAUGGAGGAAGCUUUAUCGAUCAUGGAGUACGAGCCGCAGAAGAUUAAUCGGAAAGGGAAGAGGAAGAUCUCUGGUUCUCACAAAAAUGCAGAAUAUAGUGAAAUAAAAGAACCCGCGCCCACAGUGAUCAGCAACACAUACCAGGAUCCACCCGCCCCAAAAAAGAACCCAACACUACCAAAAUACUAUUCAAGCCCUAGUCAAGAGAGUCCGCUACAAUACAGUGACCCAAGACCAAAACCCACAGAGCCAGAACCACCAAGUCCACUAAACCCGUUACCCAAAUCCCCCAAACCGAGAAAAGUCCGUCCACUAACUCCCCACAUUCCAGAAGAAGCAAAUCCACCUCCGAGUGAUCCAAAAAGCCACAAACACGUGGAAGUCAGCAGCCCUCACUUCACAAAAACAAUUAGGAAGAAGAAGAUUCGCAAACGCCUUCGCGAGAAGAUAAGUCCUGAGAACUAUAAUAGUACUAGUGAUAGACCUCGAAGUUUAAAGCGUCCGGGACAGCUCAGCUCCGUCACAGCUCAGAGUAGUUUGAAAAAGUUGAUCAGCAAUGAAAAUGGGCCGCUUGUAGCUGCAUCUAUUGACAGAAAUCAAGGGAGAGAUAAGAAAGAAGGCAAGGUUGUGGACAGAGGUUUGAAGCUGUAUGAGAAGAAUGUGAAAGGACCUACGGAUCCUGUGGUGAAUAAUGAAGGUUCUCCUAAUUAUGACGUGGAAGAUAAAGCUGUAGACAAGGAGUUAGCACAAGUGGGUGAAGAAGUGGAGACACCGUCAAGUUUAGAGACUUAUGGGAAAGACAGAGAUAGUAGGACACAGAACAGUAGGACACCGUCAAGCUUCGAUGGGUACGGCUCUGGGACUUCAUAUAAGGGUUCCACUUAUCAGAAAGGUGGAUCAAGGUCUGAGAACGAAGAGGAACCUACCACAUCAAGUUUAAAUCAUGGUAUCAGGGGUUUGAAGGCUGGGACCUCUGCGACAUCAAGUUUGGAGGCCAGGGAUUUGGAUGAUUACCAGAACAGCAGGACACCAUCAAGUUUUGAUGGGGAUACCACUGGGUCUCCAUAUAAGACUUCCACUUAUCAGAAGGGUGGAAGGUUUCAGAACGACGAGAGUGAACCUACCACAUCAAGUUUAACUCAAGGUCUUAGGGGUUCUAAGGCUGGGAUCUCUGCGACACCCAGUUUGGAGGUUAGGGACUCUGCUGAUUAUCAGAACAGUAGGACAUCAUCAAGCUUCAAUGGUUAUGGCACUGGGCUUCCUUAUAAAGGUUCCACUUAUCAAAAGGGUGGAUCAAGUUUUGAGAACGAAGAGAGUGAAUCUACGACCUUGAGUUCGAUUCAUGAUAUCAGGGGAUCAAAGGCUAUCUUAGGAGUUCUAAGACUGGGACCUCUGCGACACCCAGUUUGGAGGUUAGGGACUCUGCUGAUUAUCAGAACAGUAGGACAUCAUCAAGCUUCAAUGGGUGGAUCAAGUUUUGAGAACGAAGAGAGUGAAUCUACGACCUUGAGUUCGAUUCAUGAUAUCAGGGGAUCAAAGGCUACCUCGACACCAUCAAGCUUGGAUGCUUAUGGCAACGUUAGGGAUGGUUACCAGACUGGUAUCAGGAGUUCAAAGGCUAGUAUCUCCUCGACACCAAGUUUAGAGGCUUAUGGCAACGUCAGGAAUGGUUACCAGACUGGUAUGAGGAGUUCAAAGGCUAGUAUCUCCUCGACACCAAGUUUGGAGGCUUAUGGCAACGUCAGAGAUGAUUACCAGAACAGUAGGACAUCAAGUUUUGAUAAUUAUGGCACUGGGCUUCCACACAAGACUUCCUCUCAUAAAAAGAGUGAAUCAAGGUAUGAAAGUGAGGAGGAACCCACCACACUAAGUUCAACAGGUCCCAGGGGAACUAAGACCGUCAGGACACCAAAUUUUGGUUACGGCAAUGACAAGAAUUAUCGACAGCAUGAAGGUUAUGUGAUCGAACCCGUGACUGAGUACUACGAGCAUGUGACCCCCAGUUUGACGUCAAGCCAGAAACCUGAAAGAAUAUCUCCUGCAAGUUAUCUAAAUCCAUCUUAUGAAGAUGUUGAGGAGUCAACUCAGAGUCCACACACAGUUAGGACUCCCAUUGAACCCACAUCAAGUUACUAUGCAUCCACAUAUAAUAACGCUGACCCUUCGUCCACGUUGGAUCGUUUGGACACCUGGGCACCUAGAACAAAGUUGAAAAGAUUGAAGGAGGCUGAAGAUAGAAGUGACGUGGUUGCUGAGGCGACGAACCUGGGAGACAAGGAGGAAUCGAAGAACCGGAGGGUUUAUGAAGACUCGGGUGAACGGGAUUAUCAGAGAAAUGAAGGAAAUGGCGAGGAUAAGAGAUAUGUUGAGAAGUAUGAGGAUGCGCAGGCUGAAGGGACGCAUGAUGAGAAACAUGAAGGAAAGGGUGGAGGCGGAGGUGGAGGUGGAGGUGGAAAAGGUGGAGGUGGAGGUGGAGGUGGAAAAGGUGGAGGUGGAGGAAAGUUUGAAGAGGGUGAAGGCGCAAAACACGAAGAAGGACAUCACGAGACAGAGGACGAAAAGGGAGAGAAGGGCUACGAGAGUUGGCACAAGGAGGAGAAGGCAAAUAAGGGUCACCAUGAUAAGGAACAGCACAGCAAUCAUUAUGAAGAGGAAGACGCCAAGAAGAAAGAACAUAAGGAGGAUGGGGAGUACCAUGAGGAGCAUCAGAAAGGAGAACACGGGGAGAAGGAUGCUAAGUUCGACGAGAAGGGAGAACAUGACAAGGGACAUAAUACGAAGGGGGAACACUUUGUUCAUAAGAAGGACGAGUUCGAGAAGCGAACCGAAUUCUUCGACGAGUACCACGAGGACGACGACAGCGAGAAAGACGGCGAGUUUCAUCACGAGCACGAGUCCUCGAAGGGUGGCCACGAGAAGAAGGGUCACCUCGACAAGGGCGAGCACGAAGAACACUACGGUAAGAAAGGACAGCACGAGAAAGGCGAACACUACCACAAAGAAGAUGGACAUAAGCAGGCUGAAGGCAAAGAUGAUCAUUACGAACAUGAAGACAUGCAUGGACAGAAGAAGGAACAGGACGAAGAAAAGAAAUGGGCGUACAAGAAGGGUGACGAUGGAGGGAAGGGUGACGGUGGAAAGGACCAUAAGUCUGAUCGUUAA